UUCAACGCCGAAUGCAUCUCGUCUUGGCCACUUCCGACUCCCUAUCGCUCUCGCUUCCCUUCUUAUCCGCCCCCGCGGUCUCGCAAUCAUACGACUCUUCCCCCUCCUCGCCCUUGCCUUCGCGGCCCCCAUACUUGCAAUGUCCCCCACCAUCAUCCUUCCCGGCCACACGUACAUCCACAUCUCCUCGCACAUCGCCCCCGCAGAACUGUCCGAGCGCCUCUCAGACUCGCCGGUCAAGCUCGAGUACCGCGGUCCGGUUGGCGAGCUUGAGGGCGAGCACGUGUUUGAAGUCGUCGGCGCGGCUGAGUCGAACGAGUGGAAGCGGGACGGUGAACACGUUCUCCGCAGUUUGCGUGAGAGGGACGGCAUCACCGGCGCCAACGUGCUUGAGCCCAAGCAGCGAGUCAAGCGCGACGAGUUCUAGUUGUCCCGCGACCUAAGAGCCUGGAUGACUAGUUGUACAUCGCUACCAUGAUACACUUGCGCCCUAGACUUGCCCCCCCCCGGAACUAUAACUCUAGACUGGUAGCCGUGAAAUCUCGUCGCGCACCUGAUGCACUCGCUCAGCACGCUCCAA